GAGGUUUCUGGGCAUUAUUUUCUUUGGCCUUUUCCCAUCUGCCCCAAUUGGGCCGACGGGUCCAACGUACCAAAAGGGCCCAGAGUAACUUUCGGUAGUGACGAUUUUCUCCAUUGUAGUUGAUUUGCGGCUAGGCCAAUAUCUAGUGAUCUCGCUCACCGUUCCAACUCCAAGGAAUUAACGUCCGUUAAUUUCUCCGAGAAUUCUUCCCUUUUAUUCAGCCAUCGGACGUCGGGCACCGUCCGAAUCUAACUCCCCUCCUCCUUCCUUCCUUCCUUCCUUCAUUGACCCCAUUUCCGAACCCCUCACACAUUCCUUUCCCAAUUUACCCGUCCCUGCAUUCCUCUCCCCUCCUCCGUGCACCCGCCGGCCUGCUCAUGGCGGAGGAGUUCGAGAACGCCGUGGAGGACGGCCUGCGUCUGUCAAAGCGGAUUUAUUUCGGCAAGGACCGUGCCGUGGCGCCGCCUAAGCCGAUGACCCCCAUGGAGAAGGCGGCUGGCUCCUACCUCCCUUCGGCUCCCAUGGUCUACGCCGUCAUCGAGAAUCCCGCCUUCGUCGACAACCCUGAUAUUCCCAGCUACCAGCCUCACGUGCACGGCAGGUGCGAUCCUCCCGCUCUGAUCCCCCUCCAGAUGAACGGCGUCUCCCUCGAGGUUGAGUGCUGCCUUGACACCGCCUUCGUCACACUCUCCGGCUCUUGGCGCGUGCAUUGCGUCAUGGGGAGCCAGUGCUGCGAUUGCUGCUUUGCUGUUCCCAUGGGCGAACAGGGUUCCAUUCUAGGUGUUGAGGUUGAAGUACCCAGAGAAUUUUAUUCUACUGAAGUGAUUGCCUUUGAGGAUGAAAGAGAAACGGGCUUGACCGCAAAGGUUGGCGAAGGAAGCUACUUGAAGUCAAACAUUUUUACCUUCAAUGUUCCACAGAUUGACGGAGGAGCAAAUAUUUCAGUAACUAUUAGAUGGUCUCAGAAGCUAGUGUAUCAUGAUGGGCAAUUUUCCCUGAAUAUCCCGUUCAGUUUCCCAGAGUAUGUGACUCCUGCUGGAAAGAAAAUCUCAAAGAGAGAAAAGAUAAAGUUGAAUGUUAACGCAUUUCCUGGAGCAGAAGUUUUGUGUAAGACAUCUAGUCAUCCUAUGAAGGAACUACGGCGCCAAGCUGGGAAGCUGACCUUCUUAUAUGAAGCAGAAGUUCUCAAAUGGUCCAGUAAUGAUUUUGUCUUUGACUACGUUGUUUCAUCAGGCCAAACCUAUGGCAGUGUGAUUUUUCAAUCCCCCGGAGUUCUUGAUAUUGACCAAAGGAAUAUGUUCUGCUGCUAUCUUUUUCCAGGGAACAAGCAGAACACAAAGGCAUUCAAAAAGGAGGUGGUAUUUCUUGUUGAUAUUAGUGGUAGCAUGAGGGGAAAACCUCUCGAGGAUACAAAAAAUGCUCUCUUUUCGGCACUUUCAAAGCUUGACCCUCAGGAUUCAUUCAGCAUUAUUGCAUUUAAUGGUGAAACAAGUCUAUUCUCAACAUCUCUUGAGUUUGCAACAAAUCAAUCUCUUGAAAAUGCAAAGGAGUGGAUAAAUACAAACUUCAUUGCUGGUGGAGGCACAAACAUUUUGAACCCUCUAAAUCAGGCCAUUGAAAUGUUUUCUCACACAAGCAAAUCCAUUCCCAUUAUUUUCCUCAUCACUGAUGGUGCGGUUGACGAUGAAAGACACAUCUGCAAUGUAAUGCAGACUCAUCUAACAAAAAACUGGCAUAUUUCCCCACGGUUGUAUACACUUGGCAUUGGACGGUUCUGUAACCAUUAUUUUCUCCGCAUGCUUGCAAUGUUGGGUCGUGGCUUUUGUGAUGCAGCUCGUGAUGUAGAGUCAAUUGAGGCUCGAGUGGAAGGUUUGUUUUCCAGAGCGACAUCAACCGUUCUUGCAAAUAUUACUAUUGACUUCAGAAGUCUUGAUCUUGAGGAGUUUGAGGUAUAUCCGUCUCAAAUUCCAGAUCUUUCAUCAGAAAGCUCAUUGAUUCUUUCAGGUCGAUACCGAGGAGAAUUUCCUGAUAACCUCAAGGUAACAGGUUCUCUUGCAGAUAUGAGCAAUUUAUCUGUGGACCUGAAGGUACAAGAGACAAAGGACAUACCUAUUGAUAAGGUAUUAGCACACCAGCAAAUCAUGAUGCUCACUGCACAGGCAUGGUUUACCAACAAUAAGAGGCUCGAGGAGAAGAUAGCAAAAAUGAGCAUACAAAGCUCCAUUGUUUCUGAGUAUACGCGCAUGGCACUGGUAGGGACUGAGAAAACAAAGGGAACUCCAGAGCCGAGCAAGACAAAGAAGGACCGUGUAAGCGAUCAAAAGAAAAAGGAAGACCCCAAAUCACAGAAGAGAAUAGAGCUCCAUAACCUCAGGCUUGGUUUCGGAAACCCCACAGCGACCGCCGAAAACACUCCUCCAGGAGCUAUGGAGACAAAACCAGAUGCAGCUGAGGUCUUUGUCAAGGCGGCAUCAAACUGUUGUGGAAUGAUGUGCCAGAAGCUGUGCUGCAUGUGUUGCAUCCAAACAUGUUCUAAGAUGAAUGACCAGUGUGCAGUUGCGUUGACACAAUUGCUCGGUUCUCUGGCUUGCUUUGGUUGCUGCUACUGCUGCGAACUCUGCUGCUCCGGAGAUGACGGAUAAGAAGAAGAAGAAGAAGAAGAAGAGUGCCAUUUAUGGAUGCUGUGUUGUAUAUCAGAGCUGUGUUUGUGUGACAAAUAAUUUGUAUUCUUGUCAAUAUUUGCCAAAAUUUGGGAUGUGUACAGUGCACUGGAAUGUGUAUCAAUUUGAUAUUUAUUCAUCAAAAGAAGCGCUGAUUUAAAAUAAAAAAAGAAGCGGUUAGAAGUUAUAUACUCCCAUUUAAUGAGUUUCUCUUAGUAUAUACGUAGUUGUUUACUUGUUUU